AUGUGAGGAAAAAUAACGCUUAUAAUGACGUCACGGUCGUUGUCUCGAAUGUCGGGAGCUAGCGCUUGUUAAGAGGCCGCGCGCACAGAAGGGAAGGAGUAUUACUACAUGCUGGAGAACAAGGUCGUCGACAUCUACAGCACUUCGUAUUUCAGGAAUAUCCUGUCCCCGUCCCCCUCUCCCCUCCCUUUGUCAGAGAGCAUGGCUCAGGAGACCAAUCAGACGCAUGUGCCAAUGCUUUGCACUAUGGGCUGCGGUUUCUAUGGUAAUCCCCGCACCAACGGCAUGUGCUCAGUCUGCUACAAGGAACACCUGCAGAGACAACAGGGUGUGGGCUGUUCCAGCCCCCCAGGUGAGAAAGGCUCGGUUGCUUCAUCGCCAGUGGGGUCCCUGGGAGCAGCUGGUGUGUCAGUGAAGCGCCAGACAGCGGAACCCAGCGCGGAAGCGGUCACUCUGCCCGAGGAAAGGACAUCCAGUCCCAGCUCCCCCAGCCCAGUAACCCAGCAAAUGACAGCCAUGAGUAUCUCCCAGGAUACUGGAGCCACUGACUCAGACCAGGCUAAUGGGGAAGAGGAGGGGACAUCCAAAAACACAGAGCCAGUGGGUGAGGCAGACCAGACCUUGUCUGAUGGUGAUCAGACCCCUGACAAAAAUAAGAAGAACCGAUGCUUCACUUGCCGGAAGAAAGUGGGCCUCACGGGCUUCGCUUGUCGCUGUGGUAACCUGUUCUGCGCCAUUCACCGCUACUCUGACAAACAUGACUGUCCUUACGACUAUCGAGGUGCUGCCGCAGCACGCAUACGCAAGGAGAACCCUAUCGUGGUGGCUGAGAAGAUCCAGAAGUUAUGAGGACUGAGUAGAAAGGUCUGAUGUGCAAAUUGUGAAACAAUGGCGGCAUGGAAUAAUACCAGAUAAAAUGGUUUCAUGGUAGGAUAAGGUGGGUGGGGUGGCGGUGUCACAGCCCCUGCCCAGCCACUUCCUUUAACAUCUCCCUCUCUCCUAGGGUGACCGCUUGAGUGAAUGCCUGUGGUGCGAUGGUCUGUGUGUGUGCAGUAUGGUUUGGUGGGCAUUAGAAGUCUACUGUGGGGAAGGAAGACAUUUCAUUUUUAACCUUUUUAUUGUUUCUUAACUUGGGUGGACUUGAGUUAGUUUUUAUAUUACCCCUGUGUGGUGGUUAAAAUGAGCUGGAAGUAACAUGUUGAAGAGCAUGCUUACAUCUCCGAUAAGGACAUCAGGAGGUCAAGUUAAGAUCCAUGCUGGGAGUUUCUGUGUAUCAGCAAUAUCUUAUGAGGGCUAGAGAUUAAUUUACUCCCAGAGAAAAACCCUUGUCCAGUUUCUGACAAAUGGGCCUUUUUGUUGUAACUUUUCUUUCCCUUCUGACCCUUAGAUGAAUAGUUCACAACAUGGCAACAUUUUUUCAAGAAAUGUUCUUUGACUUACUGAUAUUGGGUGCAUGAAAGAGCCUCGAUAUGAGUGAUUGAUAUUGUUUGAGUGUAUGACAUCAGAUCUAUAUUAAUAUAUUGUCCUUAGCUUGAAGUUUUUUUGAAUAUUGAAGUUUUUUAUAUAAUUUGGUUGGUUUGUACUGGAGGAUUGGCAGCAUGUCAGAAAAUCACUUGUUUUGUACUGAACCUUUCAAUGAUAUUUUAGCAUUUCCAUCUGAUUUAUGUAACCAUUUAAAAAAUACAACUUCUGAUAUGUGAUGGAGUAGAGUCCUGUUAAUAUGUUCAGAUUAGGACCGUGCAGAAAAUGCAAUUUAUUAUGGAAUCAAAGCACAACAAUGAAAGUUAACUGCAGAGCAUAAGAUAUUGAAUGUGCAAGUUAACUUACUCAGUUUUCUUCAGCAUCCGGGUCUUUAUACACUGCUCAAAAAAAUAAAGGGAACACUAAAAUAACACAUCCUAGAUCUGAAUGAAUGAAAUAUUCUUAUUAAAUACUUUUUUCUUUACAUAGUUGAAUGUGCUGACAACAAAAUCACACAAAUUAUCAAUGGAAAUCAAAUUUAUCAACCCAUGGAGGUCUGGAUUUGGAGUCGCACUCAAAAUCAAAAUGGAAAACCACACUACAGGCUGAUCCAACUUUGAUGUAAUGUCCUUUAAAACAAGUCAAAAUGAGGCUCAGUAGUGUGUGUGGCCUCCACGUGCCUGUAUGACCUCCCUACAACGCCUGGGCAUGCUCCUGAUGAGGUGGCGGAUGGUCUCCUGAGGGAUCUCCUCCCAGACCUGGAGUAAAGCAUCUGCCAACUCCUGGACAGUCUGUGGAGCAAUGUGGCGUUGGUGGAUGGAGCGAGACAUGUCCCAGAUGUGCUCAAUUGGAUUCAGGUCUGGGGAAUGGGCGGGCCAGUCCAUAGCAUCAAUGCCUUCCUCUUGCAGGAACUGCUGACACACUCCAGCCACAUGAGGUCUAGCAUUGUCUUACAUUAGGAGGAACCCAGGGCCAACCGCACCAGCAUAUGGUCUCAAAAGGGGUCUGAGGAUCUCAUCUCGGUACCUAAUGGCGGUCAGGCUACCUCUGGCGAGCAGAUGGAGGGCUGUGCGGGCCCCCAAAGAAAUGCCACCCCACACCAUGACUGACCCACCGCCAAACCGGUCAUGCUGGAGGAUGUUGCAGGCAGCAGAACAUUCUCCACGGCGUCUCCAGACUCUGUCACGUCUGUCACAUGUGCUCAGUGUGAACCUGCUUUCAUCUGUGAAGAGCACAGGGCGCCAGUGGCAAAUUUGCCAAUCUUGGUGUUCUCUGGCAAAUGCCAAACGUCCUGCACGGUGUUGGGCUGUAAGCACAACCCCCUCCUGUGGACGUCGGGACCUCAUACCACCCUCAUGGAGUCUGUUUCUGACCGUUUGAGCAGACACACACACAUUUGUGGCCUGCUGGAGAUCAUUUUGCAGGGCUCUGGCAGUGCUCCUCCUUGCACAAAUGCGGAGGUAGCGGUCCUGCUGCUGGGUUGUUGCCCUCCUACGGCUUCCUCCACAUCUUCUGAUGUACUGUCCUGUCUCCUGGUUGCGCCUCCAUGCUCUGGACACUACGCUGACAGAUACAACAAACCUUCUUGCCACAGCUCGCAUUGAUGUGCCAUCCUGGAUGAGCUGCACUACCUGAGCCACUUGUGUGGGUUGUAGACUCCGUCUCAUGCUACCACUAGAGUGAAAGCACCGCCAGCAUUCAAAAGUGACCAAAACAUCAGCCAGGAAGCAUAGGAACUGAGAAGUGGUCUGUGGUCACCACCUGUAGAACCACUCCUUUAUUGGGGUUGUCUUGCUACUUGCCUAUAAUUUCCACCUGUUGUCUAUUCCAUUUGCACAACAGCAUGUGACAUUUAUUGUCAGUGUUGCUUCCUAAGUGGACAGUUUGAUUUCACAGAAGAGUGAUUGACUUGGAGUUACAUUGUGUUGUUUAAGAGUUCCCUUUGUUUUUUUUGAGCAGUGUAGUUUAGCUUGAUCUCUCUCUCUCUCUCUGCAGGUUUGCUACUGAGAAUAAAGCAUGUUCUGCCUGUCCAGGCAGGACAUAAUUUAGUGUUCUCCUUGAACGCCCUCUUCUGUUCCAUAAAGCCAACAGUGAACCACCUUGUUCCCUAACCACCAGCAGACCACUGAUAUAUGCUGAAUGAUAACAGAACUGGUUGGCAAUUAGUCCAAUAAUUUGUAUAUGUGUGUGUAGUAAUGUUUUCAUAACUACCCAAAAGAAAGAACUGCCGUGGCACUGCUUUCUUUUCCUUGUAUUUUCUUUCACCCACAGGUAAUUCCUGUGUCUUUGAACAGGGGGUGGAAUUUUAGUCAUAGGGCUAAAAUCACUCUGGAUGACAUUUAUUCUAAAGUGUCAUUCUAGGUUGCUUUCCUGUUCCUCCUGACUGCCCACAUUCGGUGAAUUAAUAGACAGACAUACACAACCCUUAGUACCAGUCAUUUGGACAUGUCUCAAUCCUCGGCCAAGGGCCUUCGUGUCCCUGUGGUUGUUUUCAGGAUUGGCCACACUAGUUUGGUUCCAAAUAAUUAGUGGCAGUUUUGCAUUUUUAGGUGAAUCAAACGUUUCAUAGCGAAUGUCAUUGAAAAAGAGUUGUGUGGAAAAAAGCAAAUACUGAAAAACGUCACGUGUGACACCUGGCAAAACAACGUGGCCCUUUUGAGAGAAAGUCUGAAUUGAAUGAGCUCUCUUAUAUGAACAGGAAAACAUCGGGACUUGACGCCAGGCAGCACAGGUUGAAAUUACAUUUUUGCAUCUACUGAUUGAGAUUUGUUGGUAUUUUUGGUCCAUUUAUUAUUUGUAUUUUCACAAAGUAAACAAUUUCAAACUUGCUGAAAACGUAUAAUUUCUUUAGUUUGUCAUACUACUGUCCUCAAAAUUGUUAUUAAUUUUAACCACUAAAAUGAGCACGCAUCAUUAAUUUCUAAGCCCAUUUCAUAAGAGAUUUACAAAAUGGACUUUCAAGGACUGUUGAGUGGGUUUAAAUAGACUUUUGGUGUUUGGUAGUCUUCAGUGUAUUUGCCUUUAACUGUCAUUUCCCAAAAGUCACUUUUCCCACACGCCAACAAAUUUCUCAGCUUCAGAAGCAUCUGCGUUCACCAAAUGUUGUGUGGUUAUCCUUAGAUUACAUGACCAAAUAUAUGUGGGUACUUGCUCUGCGAAUAUCUUAUUCCAAAAUCAUGGGCAUUAAUAUGGAGUUGGUCCCCUCUUUGCUGCUAUAACAGCCUCCACUCGUCUGGGAAGGCAUUCCACUAGAUGUUGGAACAUUGCUGCAGGGACUUGCUACCAUUGUGAGGUCAGACACUGAUGUUGGGCGAUUAGGCCUGGCCCGCAGUUGGCAUUCCAAUUCAUCCCAAAGGUUUUGGAUGGGGUUGAGGUCAGGGCUCUUUGCAGUGAAGUUCUUCCACCCUGAUCUUGACAAAACAUUUCUGUAUGGACCUCGCAUUGUGCACGGGUCAUUGUCAUGCUGAAACAGGAAAGGGUCUUCCCCAAACUGUUGCCACAAAGUUGGAAGCACAGAAUUGUCUAGAAUAUAAUUGUAUGCUGUAGCAUUAAUUUCCCUUCACUGGGAAACAUGAAAAACAGCCCCAGACAAUUAUUCAUCCACCAACCAUUCCUGUUGGCACUAUACAUUGGGGCAAGUAGUGUUCUCCUGGCAUCUGUCAAACUUAGAUUCGUCCAUCGGACUGCCAGAUGGUGAAGCAUGAUUCAUCACGCCAGAGAACGUGCUUCCAAUGGUGGCGAGCUUUACACCACUCCGGCCGACGCUUGGGAUUGCACAUGGUGAUCUUAGGCUUGUGUUUGGUUGCUCGCCCAUGGAAACCCAUUUCAUGAAGCUCUCGACUAACAGUUGUGCAGAAGUUGCUUCCAGAGGCAGUUUAGAAUUCAGUAUUGAGUUUCGCAACCGAGGACAGACUAUUUUUAUGAGCUUCAGCACUCGGCGGUCCUGUUCUGUGAGCUUGUGUGGCCUACCACUUCACGGCUGAGCAGUUGUUGCUCCUAGAUGUUUCCACUUCACAAUGACAGCACUUACAGUUGACCAGGGCAGAAAUUUGACAAACUGACUUGUUGGAAGGUGGCUGAAAUAGCCGAAUCCAUUAAUUUGAAGUGGUGUCCACAUACUUUUGUGUAAAUAUAGUGUAUAUUCUCCAGACAUGCCCAAAGGGAAUUGUUUAUAUGCUGUCGUUUAAAAAAAAACAACAACAUCUAGUUAACCUUUUAAUUUGGAAGAAUGUUCCAAAAAUACAUUUAUCUACAUGUCUUUAUUAUUUUACAGAGAAAGAUGGAUAAAGUAUUUAUCCACAAUCUUCUCUGGCCAAGUCCGGUCGUGGGUAUCUUUAACAAAAAUAUUUAUUCGGACUUCGUCCACUGUCCAGAAAAAUGUAUUUGUCUUAUGCAAAUAUGAGCAUAUUUAAUGAUAUCACCUUUAUUUGCGCAUAUGUAUGUAUGUGUGUGUGUGUGUGUGUGUGAUUUGAGCAUUAGCCUGGGUUGUGUUGCCAGUUAAAGAACGGCUUAGUGAAGGAAAGGUCUAAAAUGGCUCAGUCUUGGCAUGCAAACACCAAGGUUGCCUGUUGCUGAGCCAAGCCAGGAGCUCAAAGCCCCUGUGGCAAGAGAUGAGUCCUCUUGGUUCUCAUUUGGAAUUUAGGCACUUGGAUCUUUAGGUUCCCACUAUAUAAAGUAUCUAAGUGGAGAUGGUGCAGUGCAUGUGAUACCAUGUAAGAAGGGCACGAGUAUGAUGGAUUAGACUCCUGUCUGUGAGAGAAAUAUAUAUAUAUAUAUUACUUUGCUGUAGGUUUUAUUCCCUAUUGUGAUGUUACUGUUUUAAGGGCAUGCAGUAAACUGGCUUUAAAGUGGGCAAAGAUGUGGCACCGGGGUUACCUGAUGAGUAUACCCUGUUUUAGGCCAAGGGAACAGAGUUGGCUUGUCCUUCAGUUUGGCUGAUUUUUGUCUUCUUUGCAAUUAUGUUUCGCAGGUUGAUAGUUACCUUGACUACUCGAACUACCCCAGCAUUUAAAAAGGUGAGCAAUUUGAAUGUUACCAACAAGGUUAUGAAGCUAUUUUUUUUAGCGAUGGAAUUGACCAAACAAGAUUUCUUUAAAAUAAACCUGUAUUUAACUAGGCAAGCCAGUUAAGAACAAAUUCUUAUUUACAAUGAUGGCCAAACCCGGAUGACACUGGGCUAAUUGUGCGCCGCCCUAUGGGACUCCCAAUCAUGGCCGGUUGUGAUAUAGUCUGGAAUGGAACCAGGGUGUCUAGUGAUGCCUCGAGCACUGAGAUGCAGUGCCUUAGAUGUGCUGCGCCACUCAGGAGCCCCUGUUGGAUUGUUGCAAUUGUAUGUAAAUUAAUCAACUUAACUAGCUCAGAAUCAGCGCUUGAUGUUAUGAAAACAUCCACUACAAUUUCAAUUUCAAACAUCUACAGGAUCGGUGUCUUCCCGUUGGGAAAUUUCCUUGUUACUUACAAUGUCAUGCUCAAGACAGACAUGUCUUAUAUGGACAGAGAGCUUCAAUUCUUGUUAAUCUAACUGCACUGUCCAACUUACAGUAGCUAUUACAGUGAAAAAAGACCAUGCUAUUGUUUGAGGAGAGUGCACAACAAAACUUAUCACAGCAACUGAUUUGAUACAUUCACCUCUGAAGGUAAAUAAUGUACUUGCAUUCAGUAAUCUUCCUCUAAUGUGUCAUCCUGAGGUUCCCAAAGAGAAAAUAGCAUAGUUUUGUUUCCUCAAAACAAUUUUUAUAUUAAAAUGUAGGAACUGGGUUCUACAGUUUGAACCCUAAAGUGUUUCCAUUCAAAUGGUAUCAAGAAUAUGCAUAUCCUUGCUUCAGGUCCUGAGCUACCCAAAUCUAACUGCCUGUAUGUCAUUUUAGGCUAAAAUUGGGGAAAAAGGGUCCGACCCUUUUAACAUUGUCAUUAAGCUUGUUUGUAGCACAACAUAAUCAUUGUCUGCAUUUUGAGGCCAUUCCUACAAAGCAUUUGAUCUGUGAUGAUGAUUGACCAAAUCUGGCAAUAUUUUACUAUGUCACUGCAGAACUGAUUUACCAUAACUGACAGUGAAGAACUUUACUCAUUUCACUGAUGUAUGAGAAAUGAUAGCGUGGACAAUAAUUGAGUUCCAGAAUGUUCCAAGUAGUAGAUCUGUCCUGCAGGAAAUUGCAGAAGUGCAGUCAAGUCCUUUGGCUCAGAAACACCACCAGAUAUUUUUUGUUUUUAAAAUGUAGGACUGUAUGAUCUGUAAGAGUAAGUAUAAAAAAUAAACGUUUAUUUUAAAUUGA